AUGCCGAACGCAAUCCGUGCCACUGUGCGCCGCAGUGUAGCCCAUGGGCACCCUCAUUUACAGAGGAUGUCUCGUGCCUUUAGCGACCUGGUGGGCGCCUUCCGACGAAGCACCCAGGUGGACGGCUUGACCAUCGUCACGGACGAGGCCUCGGCGGACCGAGCCUUGGCCGAGCUUCGCAGGUCGCAGACCGCGAACGAAGACCAACUGAAGACCAACAACUUUGUGCGUUUUUCUUGCCAGAAUGGUGUGGAUGAGGUGGCGAUGCCGGCGAAAGAUGUGGUCGCAGCCUUCAAGCGCUUCGAUAAGGACGGCUCCGGCAGCAUCAGCCGGCAAGAGCUCGCGGCGGUGCUCAAGGGUUUGAACCCAACGGCGUGGGACGAUGCCUCCAUCGACCGGCUCAUGCGCGGCGCGGACCGCAGCGGCGACGGGCUGCUGCAGAUCGAAGAGUUCGUGGAAUGGGUCUUCGCGGCCAUGAAAGUGGACUCCAGCGUGGGCAGCGAGUAUCACCUGGACCGAGUGACCAAGGAGCAGGAGACCAAAAUGAUCGAGGAAAUUUUCACCCACUUCGAUUUGGACGAGGACGGAUUCUGGAACUACAAGGAGUCGGCCACUUGUCAGAUGUGGAUGGAUGGCACACAGCAGAAGGAAGAGACCUUCGUUUGGAUGGUGAACCAGCUGAAUCCAGGCAGGGACACCUCCAAGGGUUUGUCGAAGGCGAACUUGGUGGAACUGUACACCAACAAGAGCUACCAGAUGAACAUUUCCAAGGAUCACGCCGUGAUCUUCUCGAAAGUUCGAAUGGCAGAGGACCUCUUCGAACACUUUGAUGUGGACAAGGAUGGCCAUUGGAAUAUGCAGGAGUCCAUUGCCGUGAGCAAAGCCACCUUUGACUCGGAGGGUCCCAUGCCCACAGAGGAGGAGUUCAAAGCGGUCUUCGGGAUGAUUGUAGACACUGUGGGCGGUGAUAAGGUGAAGGGGCUCACCAAACAGCAAGUCGUGGCGAUGUAUUCCAGCCCAAAGUGGCAGAAUGCCAAUUGCAACAUCGGCAAGGACUAUGGCUUAGUCUUCACGAAGCCCAAGCUCAGGAAGAUGGCCGAGGAGUUCUUUGAUCGCUUCGACGCGGACCGAGACGGUCACUGGAACUUCGCCGAGUCCACCGCGGCCGCCCAGGCCACGAACGACGCACCGCCAGACGAAGAGACCUUUUUGUGGCUGGUGGAGCAGGUUGGAGGCGACAAGAGCAAGGGCCUGUCCAAACUGAAGGUCGUUGACAUGUACACCUGCACGAAGUUCAAGCACUUAAACUUGGAUAUCAAGAAGGAUUACGACUACGUCUUUCCAGGCGCUGCCCCAGCAGAUUUGGAUCCGAUGGCUGCGCUCGCCGGACGGUAG